AUGUGUUGCUACCAGGGCGCGGCUCCCCUGCUCAUUCCGUUUCUGGCCGAAAUUGGCCACAUAUGUCCAUCAACGCACAAUCCCGCUGACUUCGUGUUAGAGACUCUCGCCACCGAACCGGAGGCGUCCGCUCAGAUGUCGGAGCUGUGCCAAAAUGGAAAACUCUGCCGAAAGUUGGACAGGAUGACAUUUAGAGGAGGAAGAAAGCCCGUUUUACACUCAGACGAUUCAAUUCAGAGAAUCUUUGUUGAACAUGUUGCCAAAGAACAACUGCAGAAAAUGGAAUUCCCGACAACGUUCUUAACACAAUUCAUAAUAUUGACGAAACGUAUGUUCAUGCAAAGUAGACGAAAUUCGGUAACAUUAUGGAUCCAAUUGGCGCACCACUUAGUAUCCGCAGUGUUGCUCGGUAGUAUUUUCUUCCUUGUGGGCAACGAUGGCAGCGCGCCUAUUGUAAAUUUCAAGUUCUGCAUCAGUGUGCUGGUCUUCUUCAUGUAUACUUACAUCAUGAUACCUGUCUUGUUGUUUCCUAUGGAGGUUCGUAUGUUACGACGCGAAUACUUCAACCGCUGGUACGGUUUGAAAGCGUAUUACGCGGCGCUAACAUUUUCAUCCCUUCCUGUUAUGUUAUUCUUCGGUAUACUGUUCCUAGGCAUUACAUAUUUGAUGUCAGGACAGAUACUUGAAUGGGACCGAUUCAUAUUGUUUGUAAUUUACGGAAUUCUGACCGGCAUAUGCUCCGAGGGACUCGGAUUAGCAGUGGGAUCCGCAUUUGAUGCUACCAAUGGCUCUAUAAUUGGCCCAGCUACAGCAGCUCCACUUUUGGUAUUGUGUUGCUACGGUAUGGGUUUCGGACCGUACAUAGAGGCCAGAAUGAAAGCCUUAAUGUCCCUAUCUUACCUACGUUACGGAUUAGCUGGAUUGUCUAUUGCUCUCUACCAAAAGAGACCACUGAUGGAAUGCAGUCAGGAUUUCUGCCUAUACGCUGACCCUACACUGUUGCUAAGAGAUGUAGGAAUGGCCACUGACACUUAUUACAUGCAAAUCGUUGGUUUACUUGUAUUCAUUUUUAUUCACAGGCUGAUCGCGUAUUUUGUGUUACGUUAUCGUCUAACUUCAGAGUUCUCAAACAAAUUUAUGUCAUACAUCAGCAAAUUUUUAAAAUACAGAUAA